GAUAUUCCUACAUAGUCACAUGGUCUGGACUGAGACUAUCAUGUGUUCAUAUCUCGAUUUCUUUGCAGGAAUGCCAGUAGAAAAUUCCUAAGCAUGGGUACAAACACCCUGGCCUGGAACAUUAACAACACUGCUGAAAAUGGAAGUCACACUGAAAUGUUCUCCUGUAUUACCAAGUUCAACACCCUGAAUUUUCUUACUGUCAUCAUGACUGUGGUUGGCCUGGCAGGAAACGGCAUAGUGCUAUGGCUUCUAGCCUUCCACCUGCAGAGGAAUGCCUUCUCUGUCUAUGUCCUCAACCUGGCUGGUGCUGAUUUCUUGUACCUUUGCACUCAACUUGUGCAUUCCCUGGAGUGUGUCCUUCAGUUAGAUAACAACUCCUUUUAUAUUCUCCACAUUGUAUCAAUGUUUGCUUACCUUGCAGGUUUGUGUAUGAUUGCAGCCAUCAGUGCUGAACGCUGCCUAUCUGUUAUGUGGCCUAUCUGGUAUCACUGCCAAAGACCAAGACACGCAUCAGCCAUCAUGUGUUUUCUGCUCUGGGUUUCUUCUCUACUGUUGAGCCUUCUGGUAGGGCUAGGCUGUGGUUUUCUGUUCAGUUAUUCUGAAUAUUAUUUCUGUAAUACUUUGAACUUUAUCACUGCUGCAUUCAUAUUAGGGUUAUCUGUGGUUCUUUCUGUAUCCAGCCUGGCCCUGUUGGUGAAGAUUGUGUGGGGGUCACACAGGAUUCCUGUGACCAGGUUCUUUGUGACCAUUGCUCUCACAGUGGUGGUCUUCAUAUACUUUGGUAUGCCCUUUGGUAUCUGCUGGUUCCUCUUAUCAAGGAUUAUGGAGUUUCAUAGCAUUUUCUCUUACAGUGUUUAUGAAAUAAUAGAAUUCCUGUCCUGUGUUAACAGCUGUGCCAAUCCCAUCAUUUACUUCCUUGUUGGUUCCAUUAGACAACACAGGUUGCAAUGGCAGUCUCUGAAGCUACUUCUUCAGAGAGCCAUGCAGGACACUCCUGAGGAAGAGAGUGGAGAGAGGGGUCCUUCACAAAGGUCUGGGGAACUGGAAACAGUUUAG